ACAAUUAUACCAUUGAUUAAGUAUGUUUGCAUUGUAAUCUGGGCUGAUUAUGAUUGUGAGGGUGGAACUUUCUCUUUAUACUCGUCAUCAAGUCGCAAGUUCGUUCAGACUUGUCUACUUGUUUUGGUCUUUUUUGGUGCUUCUACGAUGAUAAGCGAUGGUCUAUUGACUCCUGCUGUGACCGUGAUUUCCGCUAUUGAGGGAAUUGUUGUACCUGCACCAAGCUUAAAAGUUGCUAUUGUUCCCCUUA